CUUAGCGCGGGGGGUCUCGCUUCCUUCGACAUCGACGGAGAGCAGGGAAAUAGUCAAUGCAGAGAAGCUCGGCUAGGUCGGAAAUCGGAAUCGGAAUCGGAAUCGAGAAGCUGAGCGACGAGAAGUACACGGUGGCUGGGAAAUGCGAUUCCUAUUCUGCACCAUUUCCGAAACCAAGUCGUGGAUCUUCUCGUGAGCUCUGA